AUGUAUCAUCAAGUGUUUGAAAGCGAGUCAAGUCGUGUCUGGACAGGGGCUUUGGGCACACCCCUGCAUGCCAUUGAAAACGCAGAACAGCAUGAGAUGGAGUUAAUUGCCUCUAGCCUUCAGAUUUGGCUAAAAACCGAGCCAAAAAAUACGUCUGUGACUGUUCAGAGCUCUGCACAAGACGGUCUCUAUCUCGUCAACACUCGUAGAUUCUUUGAUGGUCAUUUAGAGCAAAGUCGCAGUAUCUUUCUGCCAAUUGAUGCAUUGUCCUGCUUCUCAAUAUACAGUCCAUCGCCAUUUGUGUCAAUUGUUCUGGUGGUUUUGGAAGUAGCAAGUAAGCAGCAGCAAGGAUAUUUCUUUGGUAGGUUACGACAAGCUCAGCUUCAAUCGAUGUCAGGUAAAAAAACUCAUCUGUCAGAUGACCAAGACCAUAGCACGCUCUAUGAUAUGAAGAUGGCGGAGAAGUUGUUGGCUGCGUUGCAUUCUGCGUUUCCUAAGGUCAAAUUGUCACGCUCGGCAACAAAAUGUCUUUUCAGACAAGAAAUGGGGUGUCGUGCAGCUGGAAAAAAGCUGGGUGGAACAAUGAAGCGAAGAAAAACGCUGUCCGCUGAUGCGUUUUACGGGUCCAAUACCUCAAAGCAAACUGUACCAGGUCCAUCUAAUGGCGUGUCUGGCAAGAUUUGGCGACAAUUUUACGAAAAGCUACAAUUUAGAGUCUCACAUUCAGUGACAUGCCAGCUUGAAGGCACAUCGACUGUAUCAUUGUCAUUUCCACGACAACAGGAAGCGUUUGAGUUUGCCGAUCAAGUUGCAGCUUUCCGACAACGUGUAAAACCUGCCUGUGGUGUAUCACCGAAUCCUGAAUACAAUAAUGUUGAUCAUGUGCCCCGUGUGUUCUCAUUUGAAAGAGCAGGAGAUGGCAAGCGGCGUUUUCUUGUUACGAGUUUGGCUGACUUUUGGAAGACCUACAAGACAAUCCGUGCCGACCAACGCCACGUUUAUGAGAUUAUUCGCGAGGGCGUGCCUUGUCGUCUUUACUUCGAUCUAGAAUUCAAGCGUGCCAUCAACACCCACGUGGACGGCAAUGCGCUUGUGACUAGGCUUCUGUCACUAAUCCAACUGCAGCGCAGAUAUGGCAUUCGAGUACAAGGCAGAGAUAUUUAUCAACUCGAAUCAUCUACACCCGCUAAGUUCAGUCGCCAUAUCAUCGUUCACCUCCCCGGUGGCGAUCUCUUCGAGGACAACCUUCAAGCAGGAGCUUUUGUGCGUGAGCUGAUAAACGAUUUAAUAGUCCUCGUUGAUGAUGGAGACUCCGAAAAGGAAUGCCCCGACCAGCUAUAUUCCCCAUUUCUCGUCAACACGGAAUCUGAGAAUGACUCUGUAGGCAAGAGGCAACUCUUCAUUGAUACCAGCGUGUAUACUCGUAAUCGCAUGUUUCGCAUACUCGGUUCUUCAAAGUUCAAGAAGCACGCGGUUUUACGCUUGCUUAACCCUUCAUCAUCUUUACUGACUGAGCUGGAUCAAGGACAAUUUGCUAACACGUUGGUAUGUCCGUAUCAAUCUAUUGAAGCCGUAAAACUCAUUCAACAGACCAAGCCUUUUCGCCUUUUCAGGGGUGAGCCAUCUUCUACAGUCAUAGGACGCAGCCGACGUUGUACUUCCUCAAGUGCUAAAAGACUUGGCGCUUUGUCGGUUGAAUGUCGAAGCUCUGUCUACCCCGUUUUGGACGCUUUUAUUCUCUCCAAAGCUGCCACGGGUGGGGUUCAAGGUGAAAUCCGUGCAAUUCAAAUGCUAUUGACUAACAGCUCGAGCAUGCUGGCGGCUCUACCUGGAGAAAUAUCCCACAAAGAGCAGCCGGGUGUUAAGACGUCGAGUCGACCGUAUCCGUGGAUGAUUAUUUAUCACAUGGCACGCAAUCGUUGGUGUGCGAAUAUUCGGCGGCCGCACAGGAGCAACAACAUCAUGUUCGUAGUGGACAUUGAUCAGCGAGUGUUUUAUCAAAAAUGCCAUGACCCGACGUGCCAAGCGAUAGACUUCAGGUCACCACCACAACCACUACCAUUGCAUAUAAACUUCGACGCGGAAGCAGUGGGAGGUUCAAGUUGA